AAAAGCUGAUCCAUGCACGUGAUGUCUGGUGAACUGGGGCUGCAGAGACCAGUUCAAUGUUUUUAUAUUUAUGGGACAUUAUCGUUUGUUUUUAACCUUUUUCACGCCGUGUGUCCGCAUCAGCGUCCCGCGGCGUGUCGGUACUCACGCAGUCCGUGAGGAGGCUCCGGCGUGGGACCAGCAAACCCAGUAACGGAGGCCAACGCUGACUGGGGGCCUCCCGGCAGGGCGUGGCCUCGUGAACGCGCUCGGCAAGAGGACAAGGAGCAGGCGGCGCGCUCCCGCCGAACAGACGCGCACCGGCAUCCAGCACCGGAGGUACGGACACCGCGAACGAGCAGCACCGGCAGGAGGACGGACACAGCGGAGGUCAGGAUGCGGGAGAUCGUUCACAUCCAGGCGGGUCAGUGCGGGAACCAGAUCGGGACGAAGUUCUGGGAGGUGAUCAGCGAUGAGCACGGUAUCGACCCGGCGGGGAACUACGUGGGCGACUCGGCUCUGCAGCUGGACCGGGUCAACGUCUACUACAACGAAGCCUCCUCGCACAAAUACGUCCCCCGGGCCGUGCUGGUGGACCUGGAACCAGGAACCAUGGACAGCGUUCGCUCAGGAGCCUUCGGACAACUUUUCAGACCAGACAACUUCAUCUUUGGUCAGACAGGUGCAGGGAACAACUGGGCUAAAGGCCACUACACCGAGGGGGCGGAGCUGGUGGACUCGGUGCUGGACGUGGUGAGGAAGGAGUGCGAGCACUGCGACUGUCUGCAGGGUUUCCAGCUGACUCACUCUCUGGGCGGCGGCACCGGCUCCGGUAUGGGCACCCUGCUGAUCAGCAAGAUCCGGGAGGAAUACCCCGACCGCAUCAUGAACACCUUCAGCGUCAUGCCCUCGCCCAAGGUGUCGGACACGGUGGUGGAGCCCUACAACGCCACCCUGUCGGUGCACCAGCUGGUCGAAAACACCGACGAGACCUACUGCAUCGACAAUGAGGCCCUGUACGACAUCUGCUUCCGCACCCUUAAGCUGACGACGCCGACCUACGGUGACCUCAACCACCUGGUGUCGGCCACCAUGAGCGGCGUGACCACCUCGCUCCGCUUCCCCGGACAGCUCAACGCCGAUCUCCGCAAGCUGGCCGUCAACAUGGUGCCCUUCCCCAGGCUGCACUUCUUCAUGCCGGGCUUCGCGCCGCUGACGGCGAGGGGCAGCCAGCAGUACAGAGCGCUCACCGUCCCGGAGCUCACCCAGCAGAUGUUCGACGCCAGGAACAUGAUGGCGGCCUGCGACCCCCGUCACGGACGCUACCUGACCGUCGCCACCGUCUUCCGUGGGCCCAUGUCCAUGAAGGAGGUGGACGAGCAGAUGCUGAACGUCCAGAACAAGAACAGCAGCUACUUCGUGGAGUGGAUCCCCAACAAUGUGAAGGUGGCCGUCUGCGACAUCGCUCCGCGGGGGCUCAAGAUGGCCGCCACCUUCAUCGGCAACAGCACGGCCAUCCAGGAGCUGUUCAAGCGGAUCUCGGAGCAGUUCUCGGCCAUGUUCCGGCGGAAGGCCUUCCUGCACUGGUUCACGGGCGAGGGCAUGGACGAGAUGGAGUUCACGGAGGCGGAGAGCAACAUGAACGACCUGGUGUCCGAGUACCAGCAGUACCAGGACGCCACCGCCAAUGACGGCGAGGAGAACUUUGAGGACGAGGAGGACGAGAUCAACGACUGAAGCUCUGAGAGAACAGAAGCCGAGGUGCUCGGAAACAUUUGGACAAACAGUUGGCGGCGACAUUACUUUGGUUUUAGGAUUGUCUCCGCAGUAAAUGACAAAUUGACCACAAAGAGACACAAAAUGACUUUUCUGGGUUGUUUUUAUGAAGACCGUGGCUUUCCUUUUUUUUUUUCCAAAGAAGCUGUUAUUCCUGUUUCUUUUAAAUAUACUAAUAGAAUAUUAGACAAAGACAAAUUUACCAACUAGUUAGUCCAAAGUGAAAAUAUGGUGAAUAAAUGUCUCAACGUCCAAGACAAACUUUAGCAACUGAACCAUUCGUUUACCUUGAUUCAAUCACGCUCUGAAUUUGGUUUCAUUUUGAAGCUGUUUUUUUUGUAGGACAAUGACUGCAGUGUCUGAACUUAGCCAAACCUUAUCUCGUUUCAGGAACGCUGAGGAAUACAACGUGCUCGGCGGUACACCGAAGCUGUUUGGUUAAAAUAGCUUUUCCCCUUUUUGUACUGUGCUUUGGUGUGUUUGUUGUUUUCAAGCUGUGAUUUCUGUACCUGUGAGCACAUCUUUAUUGGGUGAAUAAAGGUGGAAAUAAAAGCUUCCUUAAAGGCC